GAGAAAGUCUUCGUUCUCGAUAAUACUCCAAUUCGGAAGAAGGCCCCUGCCGUGGCGAAUCAUCUAAGAGCGAACGCAGCGAUCGAUCGGGUAUCCAGUAAUGAUUAGAGCAACGCAUGACGAAGGAGACACAGACUAUGACGGCUUUUCAUCCGUCUCCCUACGAAGUUCCGACAGGAACAAUGUUGGAGAAGCAGACGACAAGUUUCCAACCUUUGACGACAACGGUUCUUUGCUUGGAGUAAUCGUCGACCGUUCUAGUUUCGACGAAGACGACGAGCUAACGGUAUACAGAGAUGGACCUUCCGUGGUUCACAAUCGGCAUCUCUCGUCUCUGAGUCUGUCAAAAUAUCACCAGCAAUACAUUAUGGAGUCGGCUGGCCCCCUUGGUGGAGUUGUGAUGAAGAAUGGCAAGGUACGACGGAAAAUGCGAUGGAAACCACGCUUUGGGAAAAAGAAAGCCAGCAACUUUUCAUCCAACGCUUCUGUGAUUAGUGCGCUGACGAAUCGAUCGUCUUCUACGAGCAGAUCGUCGUCUACUACCCGAUCUUUCUUGUCGCAUUUCUCGAGAAAAUCCAACACCAGCUUUCAUACCUUCCAUAGCACCGAGACACCCGUUGCAACCAACAAGGCCAACAGACCCACAGCUCCUCACACAGUAUUGAGACCGAACUACCAAGACAGCUUUGAUACCAAAAGGAACAGCGCGCACGUAACAAAACAGCCAAAACACGCGACAAUAGAAACAGAAGGAAACUACGUCAAUUAUCAUUCCAGAUUGGGAGGGUCUGCUCAAAGUGUUGUAUCGUCUUCGUCUGGAUUUCCAUCAACGAGAUUGGACAGCGUUCAAGAAUCUGCCUCGCCGUACGAACAAUCCCAAGAAGAAGUGGAGGUCAAUCGCUCCCCUACCUUGUCCGAUUCGGACCGAGUGAGUCACAAUCCAAUCCCGGGUCCAGCGACCGCCAUUGAAGCUAUCAACGUCAUCAGUGGCGGCAGCAACAAUAGCGUGGGUGCGCGGUCGAUGAGGAGCUCAACCUCGAAAGGAAGUUCCCAAAAGCCACCCAUGUCGACAUCUCCCAAAAACAGCAAGGCCGCUCUCCAGCAACAAUCCAAACCAAGGCGACCGCCCUUGUUCAAACGUCGAUUGGGAAAAAACAGGAACAAAUCGUCUGGGAGCAAUUCCAGUAUCAACAGCGGAAACAGCAGCACCAUAAUGAUUCCCAGUUCUACGGACACUCAUUCGACUGCAGCACUAUCUCCUUUGUCCUUGGAACGCGAGAAUUCUGGCAUCCCCAUCUUGGUGGGCGACGAAGAAGACCGUUGCGUGACGAUUACGUCGUUUUCGAGCGGCAAGAACUCCACAGAAAAAAAUUUGACCAAAGAAAGCAUUGUAGAAAUUGAUGGAGAAGAAUCAUCUCUGUCUCCAACUGUCCAAUCGAGUUUGUCGGGAAGCCAUUCGGGGGGGGGCUUAUCGGUUCAGUCUGGAUCGAGUGCUGUCGGAAAUGGCACUUCGGCUCCCGAAAGUAUGCAGAAGAGGGUUGCGUCCACGAAGAAAAAGCCUCCGCCUUCCUUGGCCUCGACUGUGGUUCGAACCAAUAGCCCGAACACCCCUCCUUUGCCUGGAGGUGCAACGAAAAUUGUUGCUCGCAAACAAUACAAUCGACCACUCGACAGCACGAAUACAACAGGUGUCACAAGCGCCAACUCGAAAGGAAAGUUGUUGGGAGGACCGCGCAACAAAAGCACAUCUGUUCCUUGCGACCUGGAUGAGGGAGCCUUUUUAGAAGCGGAGCACAAUCUCCGUGCCAUUCACGAAAUGGCAGCCGAACAUUUGGCACAUGGCGAGUACGAAGAGGCUGCAGAUGUCUUUGAAGAGAUUCUGCGGGGCCAGCAGCAACGAUAUGGCCAAGACCACUACCGAGUGGGGACGGCACUUCAUAAUUUGGGCAUCGUAUACCUGAAAAAGAAAGACUACCUAAAGGCGAUUGAAAUUUGUCAGCGCGCCGUAGAUGUUCGCAAGGACUCUUUGGUACCGAACCAUCCCGAUGUGGCUGUGAGUCUUGCCCAGCUUGGUGUGGCCCAUUUGGAGUCCGAAAACUACCAUGAGGCACUUGCUGCCUUUAGAGAUGCCCUUCAUAUUCGUCGGAACUUUUUGGGUCCUAGACACACAAAAUGCUCCAAGAUACUGAACAACAUUGGUUGCGCCUUGUAUUCUAUUGAAGAUUUUGCCGGAGCUAAGCGUGCCUUUGACGAAGCUCUGGACAUUCAACGCGAGGCUCUUCGUAACCUACCACCGACAGAAGGUGCGGAGUCGAAUGGUGCGCAGUCGAACUGCCUUCUAUUAAGUAUGGCAUCCACGCUUCUCAACAUUGGUUCGAUUCGGUUGCGAUGGGGGGAUUUCGACGAAGCGGGCAUCGCCCUUGAUGAAGCCUUACUGGUAAGUUCUGUGCCAUCGCUUUGAUCAAAACGGAUGCUGUAUACCCAAUCAUUUUUGAAUUUUUUUACCAUUUAUUGAAUCGAUCCCAUUUCAUCAUUCCUCGUAAACAACUUUCGACUUGCUGUCCAAAAAGGUCCAACAAUCCGUUCUCGAAGACAAUCAUCCGAUUGUGUUGAAUACAUUGGAUAGUAUUGA